GCGGAGUCUAGGGCCACGUCGCUUUGGCGGCCCGGGAAGAAGACGACUCACCUUCCUCAUGGCUUCCGCGGAUACCAGGCGUGUGGGGGACGGCACGGGGGGCGCCUUCCAGCCUUACCUCGAUUCCUUGCGGCAGGAGCUGCAGCAGAGGGAUCCGACGCUGCUCUCCGUGGCGGUGGCACUGCUCGCGGUCCUGCUGACGCUGGUUUUCUGGAAGUUCAUCUGGAGCAGAAAGAGCAGCCAGAGGGCUGUUCUCUUCGUUGGGCUUUGUGACUCUGGGAAAACGUUGCUGUUUGUCAGGUUGCUAACUGGCCACUACAGAGACACACAGACUUCAAUUACCGACAGUUCUGCUGCGUACAAAGUCAACAAUAACAGGGGCAACAGCCUGACUUUGAUUGACCUCCCUGGACACGAGAGCUUGAGGCUCCAGUUCUUAGAUCGCUUUAAGUCUUCAGCCAGGGCUGUGGUGUUCGUGGUGGAUAGUGCAACGUUCCAGCGGGAGGUGAAAGAUGUGGCCGAGUUUCUGUAUCAGGUCCUCAUCGACAGCAUGGGUCUGAAGAACACACCGUCCUUCUUAAUAGCCUGCAAUAAGCAAGAUAUCGCAAUGGCAAAAUCAGCCAAGUUAAUUCAGCAGCAGCUUGAAAAGGAGCUCAACACCUUACGAGUCACCCGGUCUGCUGCUCCCAGCACACUGGACAGUUCCAGUACUGCACCUGCUCAACUGGGAAAGAAAGGCAAAGAAUUUGAAUUCUCCCAGUUGCCCCUCAAAGUGGAGUUCCUGGAGUGUAGUGCCAAGGGUGGACGAGGGGAUGCCGGCACUGCUGACAUCCAGGACUUGGAGAAGUGGCUGGCCAAGAUCGCCUGAGGAGCAGCCCUGGCUGCACACCUUCAUCUGUGACUGACUGCAGUUUGGGAAGGGCUGUGCUGGGUGGAGCCAAUAGAGAGGGAGCAGGGCGUGUGUCUGCAGCAUCUCGGUGUUCUAGAACCAGUUCUAGCAGCUGAGAGCACGUGUGCCCCCUUCGGCUCCUUUCUCAACUAGUCCUUCUUAUUUGGUUCUUCUGUUCUCCUUUGGAAGGGGAAGCACUGCUUUAGUGUGUGGCAUAGCAGAGAGGCCUUACCAUGAGAAUAGGCUUUUCUGCAAAGUUCUUGUCUGCUGCCUCUCUGCUUCGGUCUCUUUUCCUGGAACCAGACCUGCCUGUUUGUGGAACCAGUUAAUUUCCAGUUGCCCCUGAUAUUCUGACAUAAUUCAUUGUCUGUUCUUAGUGAAGUCUCAGGUGUAAAGGUAGUUACAAUGAAGACAGGUUCAGAAACACA